AUGGCGUCCGAAAAGAGCGACGCAACGCCCUUCAUAAAAAAUGGUAAUACCGCCGUCAUCACCAAAACGCCGGUACCCGAUCCGAAAGCCGCCAAGCUUGGCAGGGGUAAAGCUCUCAAGCAGGUCUUGGCAUCAUUUGUAGCUAACUUGGGGACCAUCAACACCGGCAUGGCUUUCGGUUUCUCAGCUACUGCGCUACCGCAGAUGAAAGAACAGUUAAAUAUAACAGACAGUCAAUCUAGUUGGAUUGCAAGUCUGAGCUCUGCCGGCACCCCAGUUGGAUGCCUCCUUAGUGGCUACCUGAUGGACAACAUCGGACGACGCAAUACGCUUAUCAUCACGGAGAUUCCUCUUAUACUUGGAUGGCUUUUAAUUGCUUUUGCACAAAAUAUUCCUAUGAUUUAUGCCGGUAGGUUAAUGAUCGGUUUGGGUUGCGGCAUGGUGGGUGCUCCGGCCAGAGUUUAUACUUGCGAGGUAUCUCAGCCGCAUCUUCGAGGCAUGCUGGGUGCUCUAGCAUCCGUCGGCGUUUCUACUGGUGUUUUAAUUCAAUAUGUAAUAGGCACAAACACAACAUGGAAUAUUUUGGCAGGCGUCAGCGCAAUAAUACCGAUACUCUCGUUCCUCGGCAUGCUGUUUAUGCCCGAAACGCCCAACUAUCUCCUGACUCAGAUAGGCAGGGAGAGGGCCGAAAGUUCCCUGGCUAAGCUGAGAGGGUCUACAUGCAACUUGCAGGAGGAAAUACAAAAGAUGAUAGCUUUCAAAGAAAAAAAUCAUGUUGAGCCGCUGAAAGGAUUCCGAGAAACCAUCAAAGCUCUUGUUUCUCCAUCAACAUUGAAGCCGUUCACAAUCCUCGCUAUUUAUUUCUUCGUCUACCAGUGGUGUGGUGUUAAUACCAUCACAUUUUACGCUGUUCAAGUGUUUGAGGCAUCUGGUGCAGACAAGACGGCCAAAUACUGGCUGACGAUAUCGCUGGGCAUCUUGCGUGUUAUCUUCACUGUGGUCGGCUGCAUUCUCUGCAGAAAAUGUGGCAGGAGAAUCCUUACUUUUGUAUCUGCAUUGGGCUGCGGUUUGACAAUGAUAUGCCUCGCCAUCUACAUGUACUAUGUGAAGUACUGGAACGAAAAUGGAAUGCCUCUACAGUACGCCUGGAUUCCAGUUGCAAGCAUUUAUAUCUUCAUGAUAUUCUGUACACUGGGCUAUUUGAUCAUUCCCUGGGUUAUGAUCGGUGAAGUUUACCCAACACAGGUUCGAGGCAUCAUCGGUGGUUUGACGACAUGUGUGGCCCAUUUGUCCGUGUUCUCCGUCGUGAAGACAUACCCUUACCUCAAGAAACUGCUCGAUGAUUACGGAGUCUUUGGUCUUUACGGCACUAUGUCUUUACUUGCCAUUAUAUUCUUCUACUUCUGUCUUCCGGAGACUAAAGGCAGGACACUGCAGGAGAUCGAAGACUACUUCAGCGGCAGGACGAAGUCUCUGAGGAGGCGCAACACUCAGUGUGAGGGAGCGUGA